UUCCACCAGACCCAAACAGGGAAAAAAAACCCCUUUUUCUUCUCUUUCCUUGUAAAGCUUUGAACUUUAGCCAUGGCAGCAACGGCUUCAACUACCCCGAGCUCCUUCAUAUUCCGGAAGACACCCAAGAACCAAUCUUUUCUCAAACCCGAAUCCAUUUCCGUCGCGCUGACGGCGAACAGGUUGGCGAAACCAAUCUCUCUUUCGUGCUCGGCAACGGCGGCGAGUGCUACCCAAAUCCAAGAUCGACCCCCGAUCCAGAACCAGUCCCAAGAUCGGGUCUUUAACUUCGCAGCGGGGCCUGCCACCUUGCCCGAGAAUGUUCUUCUCAAGGCGCAGUCGGAGCUCUACAACUGGCGCGGAUCCGGGAUGAGCGUUAUGGAAAUGAGCCACCGCGGGAAGGAGUUUACCUCCAUUAUCCAGAAAGCUGAGGCGGAUCUCCGUGCGCUUCUCAAAAUUCCGGAGGAUUACGCGGUUUUGUUCCUCCAGGGCGGUGCCACCUCGCAGUUCGCUGCUAUUCCAUUGAAUCUCUGUCAGGCCGAUGAUACGGUUGAUUGUCUGGUUACUGGGUCUUGGGGUGAUAAGGCUUUCAAGGAAGCACAGAAAUAUUGCAAGCCGAAGGUCAUUUGGUCUGGAAAAUCUGAGAAAUAUGUGAGAAUUCCGGCUUUUGAUGGUUUGGAGCAGAGCCCAGACGCCAAGUAUUUGCAUAUAUGCGCCAAUGAGACCAUUCAUGGGGUUGAGUUCAAGGACUACCCUGUUCCCAAGAAUGGACUUCUCAUAGCUGAUAUGUCUUCCAACUUCUGUUCAAAGCCUGUUGAUGUGAGCAAAUUUGGGUUGAUUUAUGCAGGUGCCCAGAAGAAUGUAGGACCAUCUGGUGUCACCAUUGUCAUCGUAAGGAAGGAUGUGAUUGGAAAUGCCCGAGACAUCACUCCUGUGAUGUUUGAUUACAAGAUCCAUGCUGAGAACAAUUCGUUGUACAACACCCCUCCUUGCUAUGGGAUUUACGUGUGUGGCUUGGUCUUUGAAGAUCUUCUGGCGCAGGGAGGAUUGGAGGAGGUUGAGAAGAGGAACAAGAAGAAAGCGGAGUUGUUGUACAAUGCAAUUGAUGAGAGCAAGGGAUUCUACCGGUGCCCGGUUGAGAAAUCCGUGAGGUCAUUGAUGAAUGUGCCGUUCACAUUGGAGAAAUCUGAGUUAGAAGCAGAGUUUAUAAAGGAGGCUGCGAAGGAGAAGAUGGUGCAGCUCAAGGGACAUAGGUCGGUUGGUGGGAUGAGGGCUUCUAUCUACAAUGCUAUGCCUUUGGCUGGAGUGGAGAAGUUGGUUGCUUUCAUGAAGGAUUUCCAAGCACGGCAUGCUUGAUUUUCAUGCCUGGUGUUGGCGUAUUUUUUGAAGUUAUGUUCUGCUAUUUCAUUAGCUGGUGUCCAUCAUACCAUCUUAGGUUGAAGUUGCUGUUUUGUUUGGAUGUUUCUGAAUUAUGUUCUGUUUUGAUCUUCCUCUGGAGGAGGGUGAUGAAAUUGAAGAAGAUGUUAGACUCAAACAAGAAAAUUUCAGAUUUUAGCAAAGAGUAAUAAAGUUUAGUUAAUAAAUUCUUUAACGUGCACCGAGUGUUGGAACAGGUCCUGCUCCAUGUUUGUUGGUGCUGUAAGUCUGUAACAUUCAAUGCCAUUGUGCAGAAAUGAAAUGAUAUUUGUAUG